AUGCAGAAGAGAAAUAGAAAACUGGUGAAGGGAAUUCACAAAAUGCAGAAGAGAAGUAAUAAAAAGCCAAGAAGUGAAGUGACACCUGAGGGCCAUCGUAUCAUUCAGAUGAAGAAACAAGCAUUUUUCUUUACAAAAUCAGCGAAUGAGAAAAUCAGAAAACUGAAGGACUAUCAAGUGCAUCUUCACAUAGAUAACAACGUACCCCCAGUAGUGCAAAAAGAAAGACGCAUACCUCUUGCUUUACGAAAGCGAGUCAAUGCAGAAAUCGCCAAAAUGGAGAAAGCAGGCAUAAUAGAAGAUGUCACAAACGAAGCGACGCCAUGGUUAAAUCCGCUAGUUAUUGUUCCCAAACCCGAGGAAGGAGUACGAAUUUGUCUCGAUAUGAGAGAAGCAAACAAGGCUAUUAACCGAACAAGAUAUCCAACCGCCACCGUAGAGGAUUUAAAAAUCAAGCUAAGUGGCUCAAAAGUAUUUACCAAGUUAGACAUGCGAAGUGCUUUUCAUCAACUGGAAUUAUCCGAAGAUUCACGACCUAUCACUGCUUUCCAAUCCGAAACUGGAAUAAAACGUUACACCCGCCUGAUUUUUGGCGUGAACUCCGCGUCGAAAGAAAUGCAACAUGUGCUUAGAUCCUUAAUAGCAGACAUUAAUGGAGUUGAAAAUAUUGCGGACGAUUUAUUUAUAUUCGCAAAAUCUCAAGAAAAGCACGACGUUAUUUUAAACAAGGUGUUAAAACGUUUCGAAGAGAAAGGAUUCACAUUGAACCUGGAAAAAUGUGUAUUCUGCAAAAGCAAUUUAGAAUUUUUUGGGCAUAUCUUCUCAGAAGAAGGUAUGAAACCAAGCCCAAAGAAAAUUGAAACCAUUACAAACAUGCCUCAACCCGAAGAUGUCAAGUCACUUCGAAGCUUUUUGGAACUCACCAACUGCAUGCAAACAUACAUACUGGACUACAGUACAAUAACUUAUCCACUUAGACAAUUGAUCAAAGAGAAAGCCGAAUGGAAAUGGACAUCCGAAUGUGAACAUGCCUUUGCUACUUUGAAAAGCGCUUUGAGUAGUGAAUCCUGCUUAGCAUAUUUUGAUGAAAACAAAGAGACAUUUAUGUUUACAGACGCUAGCCCAUAUGGUAUAUCCGCCGUAUUGUUGCAGAAAAGCAAGGGUAAAGAUGAUGUUAAGGUUAUAUCUUAUUCAUCCAAAUCCCUCACAGAAACUGAAAUGAAAUAUGCACAAAUCGAAAGAGAAUGUUUAAGCAUCGUUUACGGAUGCGAAAAAAAUCGCUUGUACUUAAUCGGUAGAGAGUUCACAAUAUUCAACGACCAUAAAGCAUUAGUCAAUCUCUUAAAUAACCCAAAAUCCACGAUACCUCUGCGAAUCGAGCGACUAACACUUCGACUUCAAGGUUACAACUUCACAAUAAAACAUGUAAAGAGUGCAGAAAACAUAUCAGAUUACGCUAGCAGACACCCUCACACCUUCAGCGACGACAAAAAAAGCAACGGUAUAGAAGAAUAUGUAAACUUUACAGCCACAUAUGCGUGUCCAAAAGCGGUUACCCUAGACGAUAUUAAAACACAAACUUCACAAGAUAAAAUAUGUCAACAUCUAGCCAGUAUUAUAGAAAAGAACAACUGGCACCUACUAGACAAACCGACUAACUACCCUGAUUUAAGUAGCAAAGAACUAGACGAGCUGAGGCAUUACCGCAAGUUCAAACACGAACUCACCGUAUCGAACAACAAAGACAUUGUCUUAAAACAAAGACGCAUUAUCUUACCAAAAUGCUACCAUAACAUUGCUGUUACAUUAGCUCAUCAAGGACACCAAGGUGUUCAGAAAACAAAAGAGUUACUCAGAUCGAAAGUUUAUUUUCAAGGAAUAGACAAUAUGGUUGAAAAGAAAAUUUCAAACUGCAUUCCAUGCCAAGCUGUUACACCAACAAGUGCAGAUGCGCCUAUCAGAAUAAUGGAUAUACCAGAACAAGUUUGGGAAACUUUGAACAUUGAUUUUCUUGGACCAUUUCCCACAGGAUACUACCUAUUUGUCGUGAUCGACCAAAGAUCUAAGUUUCCAGAGGUGGAAUUUCUCAAGAGUACCAAAGCUGAAACACUGAUACCUUGUUUAGAUAGAAUGUUCAGCACAUACGGUAAUCCACGCAACGUUAUCUCCGAUAAUGGCCCACCAUUCAGCUCGCAGAAAAACACAUCUUACUUCAAGCAAAGGGGGAUAAAACACAGACGCAUCACUCCACUAUGGCCACAGGCAAACGCAGAAGCAGAACGAUUUAUGCAACCGCUUAAUAAAAUAAUGAGGACAGCUAAACUAGAACACAAGGAUUGGAGGGAAGAAGUUUAUAGAUUCUUAUUUGCUUACCGCUCCACACCUCAUAGUACCACCAAAGUUGCCCCUUCAGAACUGAUGUUCAAUAGAAAAAUUAGUUACUCAAUACCAUUAAUAGACAACAAACUAACAUACGAAAACCAGCAACAAAUAGCCACUGACAAUAACAAAGCGGCCAAAAUAAAGAACAAACAGUACGCAGAUGAACGUCGACAUACGAAAGAACCAUCGUUAUGUGAAGAAGACCGUGUCAUUGUCAAGCAACUGAAGUACAAUAAGCUUUCCACUCCUUACAGCAUACAACCCUACAGAGUUACGAAAAUAAAUGACACAAUGGUUACCGCUCAAUCGGAAAUUGAGUCAUCCAACAUCACAAGAAAUAUUUCUCAUUUUAAAAGUAUCCCGACAACUGCACCAACUCCUAUCAUUGUAAAGGAGGAGGAAGACAUCGCCAUAGAGCCACAACUUCCAGUAUCGCAACCCGCAAACAAACCUCCAUUCAGAAACUAUACACCGCCCAACCAAAAUCGCAAAAUUUAUCCCACCAGAUCAAGAAGACCAGUUCACCAGUGGAGGAAAUACUGA